UGUGUGAUUUAGCAACGACAUGAAGCUUUUCGUUGCAGUACUGGUUGCGGCUUGUUUGGCCACAUCCAGCUUGGCCAUCCCUGCCCCAGACUGUCCGCCGAGCGGACACGUCAGCGGCUACUCCUAUCCUGCCCCAACGGUCCAGCUGUCGGUCGGCAAGGCGAUCAACUCGGUCAGCGUGACGCCCGGUUUCUCGUCCUACUCGGUCGAUGGUGAGGUGAAGUACGCUUCGGUCGGUCCCUCGUACAGCUCGUACGAAGCAUCGCCAGCCUACAGUGCUUACGGUGCCUCCGGUGAAGAUCUCAAGCUGACCAGCUACGAGGCGGGAGUGAAAACGGUUGCUGCCGCACCUGCCGUCACUUACGCCACCAAGUCCGCUGGUGUGGUGUAUGCGGACAAGUCCCCGGCCGCUACCUUCGCCUCGGUGGUCCCAUCCGUCAGCUACACGAAGACGGUCGCUGCUCCGGCUGUCUAUGCACAGCCCGCUGCCCCGGCCUACGUCACUAAGGAAUAUCUGCCACCAACGGUCAAAACAUACGCUACCCCGGCCGUCGCUUCGUACGUGGCCACUCCUGCUGUCACCAAGUAUGCAGCCGCACCGGCUGUUUCGUCGUACGUUGCUACCGCCCCAGUCGUAAGCAAGUACGUGUCUGCUGGUCCAGCCGUGUCGUAUGCUGCUGCUCCUGCCGUGUCCUAUGCUGCUGCUCCUGCCGUGUCCUAUGCUGCUGCUCCAGUUGCCAAGGUUGCCACGACCAGCUACGCCAGCUAUGCUCCUGCUGCCAAGGUCGCUACUUAUGCUACUCCAGCCUACGGAUACAGCGCGUCUUACGCUCCAGCUGCCAAGGCUUAUGCCAGCUACGCACCCGCUACGUCCUAUGCUAGCUACGCUCCAGCUACGACCUACGCCAGCUACACACCAGCCGCCAAGGUAGCCUCCUAUACCCCUGCCGUUGGAUACGCUGCCUAUGCGCCGGCCGCCAAGGUUGCCUACGCUGCCCCGGCUGCUAGCUAUGCCAGCUCUUAUGCCACCACUUCCAAGCUGGCCUAUGCUGCUCCCGCCGUCACCAAGACUGUGGUGUCCGCUCCGGCUGUCGCUUCCUACUACGCUGCACCGGCCGUCACCAAGUACUCGUCGGCGCCCGCUGUGUCCACCGCUUACGUGUCGGCACCGACCGUCACCAAGUAUGCCUCGUCCGCUGCCUAUGCUCCGGCCGUCUCUAGCUACGUAGCUCCGUACUCUGCCCAUGCCUACACCCCCGCCGUCAGCAAAUACGUGUCCACGCCAGCCGUAUCAUCGUACUACGCAACCCCGGCCGUCUCCAAGGUCGUGUCCGCACCAGCUUACGCUUCGUACGUGUCCGCUGCUCCAGCUGUGGCUAAGGUUGCCGCCGUUCCUGCCGUCUCGACUGCCUACGUUUCCGCUCCAGCCACCGUCACUAAGACUGCUUACUCUGGUGCCUAUCUGGCAGCUCCAGCCGUUGCUAAGGUGGCCACAUCUUACGGUCCGGCCGUUGCUUCCUACAGCGCAGGUCCUGCUGUGUCGGCUUACAGUACCGGUGCGGCCUACUCGUCGUACUCCGUUGCUCCAGCCGUCUCCAAGGUGGUAGCCACUCCGGCCGUCGCUGCCUACAGUACCGGUCCGGCUUACUCUAGCUACUCGGUCGCUCCGGCCGUCUCGAAGGUAUACUCGACGCCAGCCGUCGCUGCCUACAGUGCGGUUCCGGCUGUUUCCAAGGUUUACUCGACCCCAGCUGUCGCGACGUACAGUGCCGUCCCGGCUGUUUCCAAGGUCGUAGCUACACCGGCCGUUGCUGCCUACAGUGCUGUCCCGGCCGUUUCCAAGGUCUACUCGACACCGGCCGUCGCUGCGUACAGUGCCGUACCGGCUGUAUCGAAGGUGUACUCUAGCCCAGCUGUUGCCACUUACAGUUCCGGCCCAGCCGUCUCGAAAGUGUACUCUUCUCCGGCCGUCGCUGCGUACAGUGCUGGACCGGCCUACUCUUCCUACUCGGUCGCACCGGCCGUCUCGAAGGUAUACUCGUCCCCAGCCGUUGCUGCCUACAGUGCUGGCCCAGCAUACUCUGCCUACUCCGUUGCACCGGCCGUCACCAAGUACGCCACGGGUGCCAUCGCUAGCUACGCCACGUCCGGCGCUGCUCAUGGAUACUACUCUGCUGGACCAGCUGUAUCGGCCGCUCACUACGAUGGCUAUCGUUAUGCUGCUGCCGCUCCUGCUCUCACCACGGCCUACACCGCUCCUGCCACCGUCGUCAAGACUGUCGCUCCGACCACCGUCGUCAAGACUGUCGCCGAGAAGUACCUCGAACACUACGAUGAUAAUGCACGCUACGCUUUCGAGUACGGCGUGAACGACCCACUCACCGGUGAUAUCAAGCACCAGAAGGAGGAACGUGACGGCGAUGUCGUCCGCGGUCAGUACUCGCUGGUCGAACCCGACGGUAACGUGCGCACGGUCGACUACUAUGCUGACUGGGCCACCGGUUUCCAUGCUACCGUCACCAACAGUCGGGACCAGGUGCACGCCACAAAGGUUCUCGGCAAGCGCGACACCGUGAAGGCGUAAGGGCA